AUGGUGAGCUCAGGCGAGCACGACUACCGCAACUUCUGCAAGCUCGACCCGAACGUCAGCUCGUUCGUGCGCCGCAUCUCCGCCUUCGAGGUGCGGUGCAUGGUCGCCACUCUCUUCCUCGUCGGGUCCGGACGCGAGGCUCCGUCGCUGGUCGACUCGCUGCUCGACGUGCAGCAGUGCCCCGCCCGGCCCUGCUACGACAUGGCGCCCGACGCGCCGCUCCUCCUCCACUCGAUCGGCUACCCGGAGGCGCGGCUGCGCUGGACGCCGCAUGCCGACGAGUCCCUCUCGGCGGUGGCGGCGCUGUGGCGGCGCGAGGCGGAGGCGGCCACGCUGCGCUCCGCCAUGCUGCUGACCAUGCGCUCCUCUCUGCUCAGCGCCAGGCGGCCGACUGCGGACGGCGUCGAGGCGAAGGCGGCGACGCACGAGGCCAAGCGCGCGAGGCGCGAGGCGCGCCAGCAGGCGGAGGCGGCAGCGGGAGGGACCCGCGACUGA